CCAACCAUGCCGCGGCGGCAGACGGAGCGCCUCGCCUACCGGCCCCGCUCACGGGGCGCGCGGCUUAGCCUCUUCCACCUGAAGCUGACCGACUCGGCCCUGCAAGCCUUGCUCGCCUACCAGCGGCUUCGGGUGGCGGCGCCCCGGCCCGUGAUCGCCUUCCAGGGCAGCCAAGGGUACCUCAAGGUGCCCUGUGCCGCCGCCGCCGGCCGUCCCGAGCCCCGCACCUUCCGCUUCACCUUCUACCUCUCGCGCUACAGCAAGGAGCAGCCUCAGGCCAGUUUCGACUGCGUCCGCCAAUCCUGCUCCAGGCCGGGCGGCCACGAGCGGCUGGAGAGCCGAGGCGCCAUCCAGGAGAAAAUCACCAUUUGCGCCGCGGUUGAGUCUUCCCAGCUGCCGAGGAGUGUGGCGCCAGAGGCCCACAGCCAGGCGCCCCCGGCCACUUGGCCCACUCUGCCACACCAAGCAAGGAAACCGGCUGCAGAUCCCCGAGGGAAAGGCAAGGCAAGCAGCCCCUUGGCUAAGAAGCCCCCGACUCCAGGGGCAUCCUGUGCACAGCUUCCAGUCCUGCUGCAGCCCCUGGAAGGAGAGCCAGCUGGGGCAAUGAGGCUGGGCCUGCAGGAGAGACCACAGGUGCAGGCAGAGACCCAGGAAAGAAGCUACAAGUUGGAAGAGCAGCUUUUGGAGCCACCGAGGCAGGAGCAUGGGCCAGAAUACACCCCGCAGCAGCACCAGGAGGCAGCGCAGCUCUUGCAGAGGAAACAGGCCCAGCAAGCUUUGGCUGGAUCCUUCCUAGGCCUUCCUUCUGAAAGGUUUUCCUCUUCUCAAGCUGGUAGUCCGCUGAGAGGGGUCUCCACUUGGCAGAGACACUGCAGGAGCGACUUGACGUUUCAGAGGCUACAGCCUCUCCGUGCAGCCCUUGGGCCAAGAUCCAAAAGGUGGCAGGGGCCCCAUUUCACAGGAGCAGAGAGCAGCUGGUGGGGACGCAAAAUGGAGCCUGUGGCAGGGUCCCCUGAGAGCAGUGCCCAGUCCUAUGGCAAUAAGCUCCCAGGAGAGGGUCAUAGCACCGAGGAGGCGGUGGCAGCAGCAGCAGAGGCGGCAGCAGCGGCAAGCAAUGGAGCAAGAGAGAGCAAAUGGCCAGGGCAGACACUUCCGCCAGCGCUGCAAGGCCACGGCAGCACCCCAGCGGAGACCCUCAGCUACUACUUGAAGUAUGUCCCCAUUCACUCAGUGCAGCAGUACCGAGCCUACAAGGAGGACUUCAGUGCAGAUUAUACCAUAUACCGGCACCUCCAUGCCAGGAUUGGUAGCGUCAGCAGGAGGUUUGCCCAGCUGGGCACAAGGAUCAGGCUGAUGCAGCAUGGAACUGAGGAAUACAAGGUACUGGCAGAUCAGAUUUUGCAAGAAUACAGGCACUUCAAGAAGGUGUAUCCUAAUUACCAGAAAGAAAAGAGACACUGCGAGUAUCUGCACCAAAAGCUCUCCCAUAUCAAGGGCCAAAUCCUAAACUUUGAGCAGCAUGUAGCUGGACACGUGGGCUGUGGUGAGAGAUGAAGGCCCUGGCUGGCCAGCAGCAUCGCCUGAAACUCCUCACAAGGAGGCAGAAGAGAGUGGCUGAACUGCACUGUAGUUGAUAAAGAGCAGCUGAUUUGAUUGCUCCUGCAGCAAGCCUUGUUCAGCUCAACAGCCUCUGCUCACAACACAUUCCUCUUAUCUUUUGGUCCAAGUCUGCCAUGCAACAACUUGCAAGCAAGAGGCAGGUUUCCUGUUUCCGUCCAGAGUUUGGUCUGUGGCCCCUCAACAGGCUGCCCUGCACUCAAAGGGAGCGAGUGCUCCCUGCCCCCACAUCCUUCAGAGCAAGGUUUCUGCAGCAGCCGACAGAUGCUUCAAAAUUAGGCUACCCAAAACUACAGAACCCCUCUUUAGCCUGAAAUAAAGCUCUGCCUUCAAAGCAGCUGCUUUAGGAUUACUUCCUAGACAGCAACUAUACAAGUCUUGUGCCUUUCAAAAAGCUUGGAAAAUGUUGGCAGUCAUGUUUUUUUUCAUAGAAGCGUAACUGAAUAUGUCAAUACUUACUAGGAUCAUACUUGGUUAAGUUCAGUGCACAACUGCCAGACCCCUUUCUUAAAGAAAAACUCUGAACUAACAUGGUCUGUGCAGAAUUCCAGCUGCCACAGUUAUUUACCACCUACCAGGUCUGAGGGCUGAAGGGAGAUAACAGCAUUCAGCUUCUCUUAGUAAAGGUUAUUUGAAUGAACAGGCUGGUUUCUUUCCUCACAUGGCAAUCCAUCAGUUAUACUCAUCUAGAGGGUGGGGGUGGUAAGCAACACUGUUUUGGCCCAGCUGUAGAGCUGGGCUAUUCUAGGCAAAAAAAACAAAAAACCUUCCCAAGGACAGCAGAGUUAUUCAAUAAUAACCAGAAGGCUCUCUUGGCAGAGCAGACACCCAAACUAGCAAAGCACCAGAAACAGACAACAUGUCUCCUCCCUUUCAAACAGGUCAAACAAGCUAGUUGACUUUUCAGCAACAGGCCCAAGUCUCUGCUCCCAUCAUCACGCAAAGGCACCUUGGGGCCUAAGGGGGUCAUUUAUUGAUUCACUUCUCCAAAUGUACAAAAAAAUAUAAAACAAACCCUCCCCAUCCCCACCCACAAAUAUCAGCCAGUCCAGGGCAUCCAUGGUAAGUGCAGCUAAGAGAGAAGGGGGCAGGAAAUUAAACAGAACAGCAGCAGCUGGGUCCCCUCUGCCCCAAGUGGCUUUACUUUCCAACAACUUUUACUGCACCACAGGGCCCUUGCCUCCAGGAGCGGCUUCAGGGCUCCUCUGCAGAUGAGGAGGAGGAAGAAGAGGAUGAUGCCAAGGUACCCUACCCCCUCACAGAUCCUCCUUGGGCACCUUCUUCUUUUUCUUGGGUUUUUCAUCCUCCUGUACAAUGGGUGGGUACGCGGCCUCCCGCUUCAGGUAGCUGAUGAAGUCACUCACCUCACGCCCCCCCUGCCAAGCGGACAAAAGUGAGAUGAGGUGCAGACACUGCUGGGGCACUGGACUCCCUGGUUGCCAUUCACUACCUCCCACCCCUUCCAUCUUGACCAUUUAUGUUACUUAACCACACUGGAGUUAACUGAGGAAAGAAAAACAGCCUCAUUGCAGCCACUACUUAGAAAAAGGAGAUGCUUGUAAUUCUGCUCCAGAGAACUCAUUUACAAGCAUGAAGACUAACCUCGUAUUUCUUUGGACUUUGCUUGCUCCCCGCAGGUGAAAAGUAAAUUGUAGGGAAGCUGUCAACAAAAACAAGAGAGACGACUCAGCCAGGCAUAUUCAGUACUCUGUGGUAUUCUGAAUGAUUGCCCUGCAGGAAACGGAGGCCUCCAUACAGCAGUCUUCAAGGGGACAGUGCAAGCACACACAGCCUACCUGUGGGGCCCAAAGAACUCCUAAAAGCCCAGAAGCCUCCACUGCAAUGCCUGCAUACACAGGCCAACUACUCCGUCAGCAAGAGCUGACUGGGAGAGCAGGCAAGGGCCAGUCAGUGGUUACCAACCAGAGCGUCUUACCCUCGGACUUCAUAGGGAGAAGGCACAUCAUUGGCUGUGGCAUCCAUCUUGGCUAUAAUGAUGUUGGGAUCUUUGCUGAGCUGUUGAAAGAUAAGUCAGUUAGCAGCUGUGCCCUGGCAGCAAUUAACUCUUGAUAGGAAAGUGGUGUCAGGAGGACCUUGUCCCAACACACGGGGCCAGGGUGGAUACGAGCCAUUCCCUCUAGCAGUCCCCACCAUUUGCAGCCCAUAAACAGAGGCCUCUAUGAAGACAAAGACCACCUAGGGCACAGCACCCAGGAACAGCCCUCUAUGGUCCAGCUCCUCAGGCAUACCUUCUCUCCAAGCUCCUUGUAUUUGGGUUCCAGAUUCUUGCAGUGGCCACACCACGGUGCAUAGAACUCCACAAGCACAUCCUUGCCCUCUGCAUUCACAAUUUCAUCAAAGUUCUCAGCCACAACCACCUGGGGAGAGAAUGCGCAGGCUCAAAUGAGCAGGUAAAUCUAAGGACUGAAUUGGCCUCUGACUUGUCCUGUCUGUGCAUGGGCAGGAGCAACCGGCAACCCUGUGAAAAGGCUCUAUUCCUCCCCUGCCCAGUCACCACCACAUGGUAGAAACAGGGCUGUGGCUUUUCUGCCCAUUCCCAACUCCUCUCCUCUAUGGUGGCAGAAGCGCGUCAGUGUUGCAGAAACCCUGGAGUUUCAACACACACUCUAAAAAGCCUAGCUCCCAUGGAACACAGAGACACAGGCAGCAUCUAGAGAUGUGAAGGUUUUUUUGGGGGGGAAACACUAGGGGUAAAGUAUUUUCCCAGGCCUUCACAUCUCUAGCAGCAUCUCACUUUCCCAAGAGUUUACAUUAAAGAUUUUAUAUAGCACCUAUGUGAAACCAUCAGAAGUCACCUGAAGGUUUUGACAGUGUCAUCAACAUGCAGAUGACAUCCAACUCCACCUCAGUUUCCUAUCGGCCCAGGGAGGCUGUGGAAAUCCUGGGCUUCAAGUAUUCAGAGACAGGUUUGGUGCGCAUUAAGGGCAAAUAAACUGAAACUUAAUCCAGUUAAGAUGGAUAUCCUGUGGCUGUGGAAAUUCAAGCAUUUAUUAUAUAGGAUGCUACUGGGAUUAUUAUUUACCUUUAUGGUAUGGGCUUUUUAAAUCUAAGUUGUAAUUUCAAUUGCAUGUUUUAAUGUCCAUUUAUCAAACUGUAUUUGCUGUUAAUGUAAUCCACCAUGGAAAAGCUAUAGUUUUAAAAGACACUUAGAAAGAUCUUAAUAAAUAAGCACAUUAAUCAUAUUUAAAUUGCAUUAAAAUAGCAUAAAACUGAGAAACUCAUGGGCAGUUUGGAAUGGGAUCUGAGAUCUCUGGGGGUGCUGCACAUCAGUCACAUAUAUAAGGCCAACAGCUACAGCAUGACCCAGAAUACAGCAGAGGUCACCUUUCCUGGACAUUCUGAAGAGCGGCAUGCUCUCUUUAGAAUAGGGAUAGUGAACUGGUGGCCCUCCAGAUGUUGCUGGCCUACAGCUCCCACCAUCCCUGAUCAAUGGCCAUGCUGGCUCAGGCCUAUGGGAGUUCGGAGUCCAACAUCAUUGGGCCGGGGGGGGGGGCGCAGGUAGCAACAGUUCCCACCUUCACAGGCCCAUCGUUGUUCUCUGGGAUAGACUCUGAUUUCAGGUAUCUCUUCAGCUUUCCAUCAAAAUAAUCCUGAAGGAAUCUCUCCAAGGCCUUCCCAUCACGUCUGCAAACCAAAGAAGAUAAUUGUUUCAACCGGUUUGUUUCCACCUGUACUUCCCUCCAGAACCUCUGGAAGCAACCUUAGCCUUUCUAUGCUGCUUCCUGUUCUUUCUAGACCUCAGUCUGCUGCUUUUCCUUGAACUGUGCAGUGUAAAGUCAACAGAGUAUCUUCCAACCAGACCCCCCGGAAGCAGUUUGCAUCCUGAGUUAAGAAGCCAUUACUAAGGCAAGCACUGGACAAACACUCCACUUACGAGAAUUCCUCCUGCAUGGCAAACUUCUCCCCUUUGGCUGUCCUGACACCAACAACAGGAACAUCACCAGUAGAUCCAUCCAAUCCAAGCUCAGAGAGCUCAUGGCCAAAAGCCUUCCUAUCAGCAACAGCAAAGUUGAGCUUGUGUCCAGCAUCCAGGAAACUCUGGGCCACUUUCAUCACUCUGCAGAAACAUCAAUACAGCUUUUUGUUGUGACACCUCAAGACAACCAGGAGUCUGCAAGAAGCCUUCAAGGCCUGAAAUGCUACUCUACCACAGCAAGUCAUUUCAAUUAAUUAGAGCCAAGGUUGGAAAUUUCCUGGUCCAGACAAGAGUGUGCAGCAUUCAGUCAGGGUCAAGGCAACCACAAGCUCCAGAGUUAGAGGAUCAAGAGAGUUUGGAGCAGCCUCAAAGAGUCACCAAGAUGAUUAGUGCGCGGUCAAGGGAGGAAGUGCCGCUGCUCAGCCUCCUUCUACAAGUCAGUCACUUUUGAAGGGGGACCUCUGCAGCCAACUCCACUUGUGCCAGCCAGUUGCUAGUUUCUUGCACAUCCCUGACAGUCAACAUAAGUAGAGUCUGCUGGAUCAGGCCAAAAGGAGGCCCAUCUAGUCCAGCAUCCUGUUAUCGGAGUGGACAACCAGAUGCUUCAAUGGGAAGCCCACAAGCAGGAGUGCAACAGUAACUCUCCGCCAGUGCCUCAGACAAUGGAGGCAGAACAUGGCCAUUGUGGCUAGAAACCAUUGAUAUUACUUUAACCUUGUAUAUUUUUAUAGAAAGCUCACACAUCCGGGGCAAGUGCUGGAAGUCUGCUUCCCAAGCUCUUCGACAGCUUAUAGUUCUCAGCUAUUCCGUCCAGCGAUCAAACUUCUCCAGGGUCCUGUCCAUGCUCUCCAUGGAGAAAGGAAGCUCACCUGUUGCGCCAGUAGUUGGAGCCCUUGGGAUUCUUUUCAUAGUCCACAUCAUAAUAAGCCACCAGCAGAUCCUUCCCUUGGAUCAGUUCUUUGUUGUCUUCAGUCAUGUGUGGGCAGAUGCCAAAGCUAAAAGACAGAAGUCCCUCACAUGAACAUGUGGAUUGCAUACCUCAGACAUACACUAGACCAACAAGAAUGAUGCUGUCAUACGCUUACAUGUUCUCCUGAAGGAACUUCUUGAUCUUGCCAGUAGUGAUCUUGUCCUCUGUGUAUCGCACAGAGUUGUCCUCAAACUUGUUUGUCAGGUGUGGGGGACGGAACAGGAUGAUGCCUCUGUGGAAAGUUGAUCAUUGCAUCUUGACACUGGGCAAUGCACACACCACCCCAAAACAGGCUCCAUUCUGCUAUGAUUAUCCUUUGAAUAUUAGACAGGCGCCAUCUCUGCUAUCUUUUCAGCGCCUUUUGAAGACUUUCCUCUUUCAACAAGCCUUUUAAGUUGAGACCUAUCCCACUCUGCAUCUAUGUCAGAAUUGUUUAAUAUGUUUUUUAAUAAUGUUUAACCUUUUUUAAGAUUGUUUUUUAAAAUUGUUUUUAAUGCAGUUUUGCCUUAAUGUAUCUUAAGAUCUGUUUUUAUGAAGUUUUUUGGUGCUUUGCUUGCCGCCCUGGGCUCCUGCUGGGAGGGUGGGAUACAAAAUAAAUAAAUAAA